AGCCCACCCAACAAUUAGAGCUCUCUUUCCCUUUCUGCCGAGUCUGAGAUACUUCCUCUCUCGAGAUUGGUAGGCGGUAGCUCGUCUUCUUUCUUUUCCGAACAUCAGAAUUAAGAAGAUGUUGAAGUUCCUGUCGAAGGUGCGGAUCGAAUUCAAUGCCUUGGACCCACGCUUAGCCUCAUCCAUGGAGUUCUUGGCCCAGUGCAAUGCACGCAAAGCCAAGGAAUCCAACCCUGCCUGUCAGGUCACGGUCAAGCGGCGGACCGACGACCACCCUCCACAGAUUACGGUCACCUUCGUUAACGGAGUUGAGGAAACUUUUGAUGCCACUAGCACCCCAGCCCAGGAUAUACGUUCCAUGAUCCUUGAGAAAGGCCAGUUCCUCGAGACCGAGCAGAUGUUCCGAGAGGCCGGCGAGAAGUGGCCUGUCAUCAUCCCCGAAGAGGAGAUUCACAUGCCUGCUCCUGGAACUAAGCCUAGGAAAGCAGAAGAGAAGAAGCAGUGACUGACUCUUCCCCCUUACAGAUGAUGGCAGCCAUCAAGAGUGCAACACUGAAUUGAGCGUUAGAUUACAUUGUGGACAUUAUUUUGAACCAAUAAUAGUUAGUCAUGCUUUCUAAAAUGCACAUUCCUUCAAAUAUGAACUGUGUUCUUAUUUGCUUGCAUCAAAAGUUUGAAAAUUCAUUGCAACUAACAGAAGUCCAGUAGAGCCAUCAAACUGUUUACUGUUUUCAUUUUAUUUGCCAUAUUUCCCUACCUAUAUAUUGCGAAAGGAAAAUUAAUUCAUAUUUGUGGCAACACAUUU